UGGCCGUGCAGACCGAGAGCUCAUACAGACGUUUGUGUUGUUAGUCCUGCUCAAGAGGAUGAACACGACUGUCGCUUGAAUUUAAUGUCAGAUUAGCUUUCAUCUGGAAUCAAUUCGCAUUCCUGGUUGUUUAUCGCACACGCAGCUGGGUGAUAUCGUAAUUUUAAGACUCAGAUUGACCCUUUUUAUUAGAUCCCAAUCUGGCCUUUCUUUAUUUAAGACAGUUCACACAUACAGAAACAAAGUGGAUUUAACAGUGGCUACGUGGUUUACCCGCACUCCAAGAUGCUUCUGGUCUCCCAGCGGCUAGACUCACCUCGCAUGGACCCAUUACUGCCAGGAUCCCUAAAGAGGAAAUUGACUGGGGCCACGGAGAGUUCUUCAUCUUUAAACAGGGUCUCUGACACGUCUAUGACCCAAGGAGGUGCCAAACGACUAUGUCUGGAGGAUGUCACCCUGUCCAUGGGUUCAAGUUACCCUCAGACCCCAUUCCCUUCUGGGAUUGGAGGUGUUCUGGGAGGUAAUCGACUGAACAGUAACAACAAUGGUUUGGGUUCACCAUAUUCCGUACCCCCAAACUCUAGCCCUGGAUCCACACCAGGGGGUGGGGGAGGCUCAGGGGGCUUGGCAAAUAACUUUAACCCAAAUGGGAGUUCAGUCACUCCUUCAGUAGAACAGGAACUGCAGGAGAUUUUGGAUGAACUCACCAAGAACCCUGAUCCCUCUCUACCAGAGCUUGACAUUGAGAAGAUACUUGGUAAAGAAAGUGAUGACCAUGCAGGUAGUGCUGGAGGUUUUGUCCACCCGGAGGGUAAUGGGACUCCCAAAAGGUCCCCACAGAGACAGUCACAUUUAGAGGCCCACCUCACUCAGUCCCCCGGUUUCUCUCAGGCUGGUUCCCCUCAAUUGGGUUCAAGUCCUGCAGGGGCACCAUAUACCAUACCACACCCUUCCAAACCAGUACAAUCUCCACUCUCAGCAUCACCUCUUUCGUCGUCCUCUUCACAAGGGCAGAACCAAUCACCCAUGCUCUCUGCCGCCUUGUCAAGUCGACCUGCAUCCAACUGGCACGACGUGUCCAGAGCCCAACACCUUCAACAGAUGGCAACAAAUAGUAAGCACCAUCCUUCCAACAAUGCAGGUCCACCAUCUGCACAGUCGGGGUUGUCUGGAUUGGGUCAACAGAGCACUUCCUGGGCUGGUCCUUCUCCACCCUACCGACCAGCUGACAAACUACCUAACACAUCUCCUCAUCAACAGCCCUUCAGCCCAGCAGGAAAUAUUCAGAGCCCCCAGAAUUCUUUAAUCUCUAGUAUGGCUCCGGCCCCAUCGACUGGACCUUCCCCACCCUACAGACCUGAAAAGCUUGCUAGCCCAGCAAUAGCUCAGCCUCCUUUUAGCCCCCAGAAUAGUCUUCUGUCAGGAAAUGCUCCAUCAGGGGGUUCAGGCACCGCUAUCCAAGGUUCCCAGGCAAGUUAUCUUGCUGGUGUGGCCCCAACAUCAAGCAGCACUCGACCAUCACCUCCUUACCGACCAGAUAAACAUCCCAGCCCAGCUGGGCAAUGCCAACCAGUGGCGCAACCCUCCACUCAAGGGCAUCUUUUCAACACACAAAGUAAUCAAACGGCCGGUAUGUCUAGUCAGCUGUUUAAGGCCAUCACAUCCAACCAGCCGCCUAGCAGCAGCCUUAAGCUUCUAAUGCAGGCACAAACAGCACAGGGGAAACCUUCACUAAGCAAGACCACCAUAGGUGGUAUGGGUCCAGAACCGUACUCUUUCAAUAACACUAAGCCAUUACGACAUUUUGACCCAGAUCCGUCUGUGGCCAAAAUGGGUCCUCUGGCUGUGGCAGGAUACCGCAGUGGUGGCAUGCAGCCCACACCACCCACAUCAGCCGGCGGACACACUCAUCUACUGCCGCAGCGCAUGCAAAGGGGGAUGCAGGCAGGUGCUAUUGGGCCUCAUUGCAGAGAUGAUCAAGGUGCAGUACUGGUGCCACACCUUCAGGAACCUCCAUCAGCGGUGCCACGGCAACCCCAGAGCACCAACUACAACCUGCUUAAGAAUCAACUGAUAAACAAACAGCUUCAACAGCAAGAAAAGCAAAGGCAAAUGGAGCAAUUGAACGGAGGACAUAUCACAUUUCAAGGUCCAGGUCGACCACUUCCUCCGGACUGCGGUGGUUAUACAAUGGGGGCAUCUCAACAGCCCAAUUCCUCCAUGCUCUCCCACAGCGGUCCCUUACCCUCAAAUCGAAUGGGUCUUUCCUCCAACUCUGUCUCCCAGAUGGGUCCAUCUGUUGGAGGAUACAUGUGUAGCAAAGGUCCCAAACAACCCCUCUGCCACCCCUCGCAAGACUUUGGAAUGCCAAUGCAGCCAGGCCAGAGCAUGAUGGGAAUGGGUGUACCUCCACGUCAACCACUGCACCCGUCUCAUGGUGUGACCAGACCAGGAAUGCCGUGUCCCAACUUGGCAGGGGGUCCCGUGCCGACCCAUCACCUGCGGCAGGCGUUGCACCAAACCGGAUCUCUUCCUUCGCGUCUGAUGUUUCCUUCACAGCAGCAGCCUUCAUCACAGUCCCAGCUCUGGCAGCACCAGCACGGGGUGCAACCACACAUGGACCCUGGUAACCACCAACAUCCCUUCCCCAGUGGAGCAGCUCCACCCGGGUGUGGAGGACCUCAGUUUCCACAGCGAUCUAGCAUGGCAGGUAUGCCAGCCAACUUCCCUGGUGCCCGUCCUCCGCCUAAUCAGGUAGCCCCUGGUCUGGUUGGCAGGCCGGAUCAGAAGAUGCCCACCAGCCAGCCGCUCUCCUCUAUGGCCCAGCAAAACCUCAGAAUCCGAGGUCCACUUUCUGCUUUAGCUAUUAUGAAGCCCGGCGGUCCGUCUAUGAUGCACCCGGCCCAUGGCAUGGCUCCUCCUAGCUACCAGAUUGCUUCCGUGGGCAAACAUUGUUCACCGCAGGGCUAUGGCCCUGGACACAAUUCUUUACCUAAACUACCCUCUUUUGACUAUACGUCACAGCAUCAUAGCAACGGGGCAAUGCCGGGGGGCCUGCAAGGGCCUGGGAGAGGAGAUGGUGGUGGGGAAGUGGACUUCAUAGACACUCUGGUGGGAAACAAUGAAGACUGGCUCAACAAUCUCAACAUGAUUGAUGAAUACCUUGAGCAAAACUCAUAGGGAUGACAGGUCCAGACCUUCCCAGGUUGAAAAUCACUACACACAGCGGCAGAACCGGAGUCGUGGGGUCAUCGCUUUAUAAGGUUAUAAACCGUAUUUGUCAGGGUUGGUGUAAGCGAGAAUGUAUUGGUGGAAAUGAUGCACUGCUAAGCCCCCUGAAAUGACUUUGGUGCCCAGCUCUAUUAAAAGAGUUCAAAAGGUGAUGGAGCCAUCAGACAGGGUUUUUUUUCUUUAAGAUGCCCUUUCAAAUGCUCAGAGGUUGCUCUUCCAGUGCUCUUUGCACUAUAUUACAAUUCAAUUGUAAAUUAUGUUUAAUAUCUAUGGAGUGAAACACUGAUAUGAAUACAUGAGCUUUCCCCAGCACCGUAAUGAAAGUUCUCAUGCAGUGAAUGCAAUGUGGGUACAGUGUUGUUCUCAUGUCGGACCAGACAGAGAUGUCUAGCUUUUCAUUAUUGCUGAUUGAAAAGCAUACCUUGUUUUAAUGUGUAUUUGAAAAGGGGCUUGACUUGUAAAUAACGUGUUUUGUAAAAUAUACAAAAAUGUUGUUUCUUAAACUGUAACAUAGAAAAGAGAAGUAAACAUAUUUAUGCUUCUUUUCUGCUGAUGAAUUCUUCUAAAUUUCAUUGUAAAUAAUGAAUAAAACAAAAAUGCAAUGAUGCAAAAAAUAAAAAUGUAAGCGACACAUUGAAAUGACAAAUUAUGUGUUUUACACUGGGAAACUCUUUUGUAAUUUGUAUUAUGCAAGACAGUAUGGUUAGAUUUGGAGUAAUACUAUGUAUUACAUUGUUGAUCAAAUUGUUAUGGUUUUGACAUAACUGAACUUCUGGUACCCUAGUCAGCUCAAGAACAUUUUUGUUUUGUUUUGUGUUUUUAAAUUGUGAGGGUUGGAGUACAAUACCUUGUCACAGCAUUUCAUUCUGAUAUUGCAGUCCAGAGGUUCCAUAAAUUGCCAUAGCAUAAUACAUUUUACACUAGACACCAGUGUAAAAAUCAAUGUGACAAAAUACAAAAUAAGGAUCAAGUUUUCUGGGCCAAGGAUGCUUUUCGACAAUUCUAGGAAUGUCUUUUGUAUGUGCACACCAGCUACGUGGAACCUGGGGACAAUAUAUAUAUAUAUAUAUAUAUAUAUAUUUCACACCACCUAUUAUGGUAACACAAGAGCAGCACCUGUCACAGUAAGACCCACAAUCCUUUGUGCCAGAGUCUUGGGUUUUCAACAGUUCAUAACCAUGUAGUUGACGCCAUGAACUUUAAGACAUUCUGAUUUGUGAUUAAUUGUGAUUUAUUUUGUCUUCAUAUUUUUAGAUUGGAAAAUAAACUGUAUAAAAGAACAAUGUCUCUUUUUGACCUUGUCACUGUUGUUUGGUUUUCCUGUCUUUGUUUUCACUG